UUGGAGCAUUUCUAUAUUUGCUUUCAGAUAGUUCUCUCCAGCGAUGACGAAAACGAUAGGUCAACUGGCUCCAGACAUUCAAGGCGAACAACUCCCCUGCGCUCAGGUCAAGGGAAUUAUUCUUCUUCAUCACAAGAUACCGUCACAACGAACGACAUUGCCUGGUUGACACCAGCGGAACACUCAAAUCAUUCUGAAACACCUCCGCAUAGGUCAAAUUCGUUACUUUAUCGGGAUGGUGCUGAUCUGACGCCGAGUAGCCACCUACCAAACUCUGUCACUGAUGGUAAUUCACGAGCUCAGAGCAAUCAAAGAAAAUCAUCAGAAGAAGUACAAAUUCUGUCGGAUACACCAAAUUCAUCGAAUGGUGUACCACCAUCUUCAGCGGCGCCUAGCAAGCCGAAGUCCCUGUUUGCUCCUGGGUGUGCCAAGAAGUUGCUGCCUAGUGAACCAGUCACUGUGAAAGGCGAAAACAAGCUCCUGGCUGCUCUGUGGCAGGAAAGGCGCAAUCGUCUUGCUGCGAAUGGGAGAGCCUCGAUUGAUCCUUCUUUGUCUACAAGUGCUGUUAACGAGGAACAGAAAGAUGGGAUCACCUCCAUGAAUCCAGGGAAUUUGAAUGGACAAGUCGACAGGUCUACAACAAUGGUGACAUGCACUUGGCCGUCUCGCCGAUGCAAGACGACAGGGCGUAUAACUUCUCAUCGAAAUGAAGCAACUUGA